GACGACCCCGCCACUCGUUCUUCCUGCGCCGACCGGCCCGUGUCUAGGGGUUAUGUAACCCCGCGAUGAGCUGAGCAAGGCAGGCAGCCUGAUGUUGACUACCCGGGUGCGUCGCUUCUGCCACCGCUUGGGACAUUCAUGAUUCCUGUGUGUGCGGACAGUUUCAGAAUUUGAGGACACCCAGAGUGCCCUCCUAUCGCUUCAUAUUGUCUCUGCAUUCAACACGUUCGGCCACGUGUUGAUGCCCAUCGCUGCUGCCCAAACAUUAGCCAUUGGCUUGCGCUCCAGGCUGCAGCGCGCCAGGUGUUUUGGAGCCCAUCUGGCAUGUCGCCGCCCAAAUACCUGUUUCCAUGGCGGACGACUGCCGAGGUCCCCGCCCCCAAACCAACGCUGGAAUCAACGGAGUGCAUGCCUCAGGCGGCGCGCACGUGGAUGCCAGAAUUGAUAUCGACAACUCGUACAACAAGCAGUUGAUUGUCAACCUGUAUUUAAUCUUCCUCAAAGAGUUCACUCCGGAUCCCAUGAAGGCCUCACAGUUGCAACACCGCCACAUCCGAGACUUUGUGAUACAGUCCCUGCGCGCCAGCUCAAGCGGUGAAGGGGUCGCAUUGCAAAUGCAAGACCCGGCCGCUCUGGAGGACGAAACAAACCCCGUGAAGACCCCAGCCCAGACACAAUUGUGCCUUGACGAGCUUGUCAACGCCUCAGCGGUCUGUUCAAGGAUAGAAGGCCACGAGGGCGUCUACGCAGGCUACAAACGCGGGUAUGACCUUCAUGACUCGAUGUCGUUCCCGGAAAGGAUCUCCAGGACAUGCAAAGAAGCCCACCGGGACAGCAUCCAGGAGGCACUCAAGCAGUGGCUCGUCUCGUCAACCCGCUCCACGAUUUUGACAAUAGAUGGGUCCGAGUACACUCACAUCCACAACUGGCCGACCCGCUUCGCGGUGGAGGCAGUUCGUGACGCCGAAGCGAGGGGGCAGCCCGUCUGCCACCACUUCUGCGGCGCGCGGCCAAGAGAUUCCGAGGCCUGGCCGCCUCUCGUCGUGCGUCACCUGCUUGCGCAACUCCCCAUCGUGCACGACACAGGACCAACGAACGGCAGCGUUAACGGGCGGCAAGAAAGACUCAGUCUGCUUGACGGCGACGGCAUCUUAAAUGCUAGCCCCGCCAGCAUUCUAUGGAUGGUGUUUAGGGGCCGCAUGGUAAGAGCCAACAUCGAUUCGGUGACCAUCGUCCUCGACAGAAUCGACGCUCUGUACGGGCGGUGCAGGAGCAAUGAUCAGGCGUUAGAGAGCUUUGCCGAUUUCGUGGACGGUUUGAGAUGGCUCAUGCAUUCAGGGCCGGCGGUACGUGUCAUGGUGACGAGCGGCUCAUCAGAGCCGCUGGAGCAGAUCCGACGAGGUGUUUUAGCGGGGGAAUCAGGAGAUCAGGGGGCUGGGUUGGAUUAGAUUAGGUAGGCGUUAGGAGUCAUAAAUGUAACAAAUCAAUCAGUUCAUUUUGUGUGGGUUGUAAGAAGGACGAAGUGGCCCUGGGACUGUGUGCCCAGGGGAUGACG